CGCAUAGUGCCUGCUCAGGCAACGUUCUCGCGAUGUCCCGCCAUCGCAGAGCGAAGCCUACGAUCUCCAUCCCUCCUCCACCGAGAAUAUCUGCUUCUGUAGCGAAUGGGAGUUCAACUUCGACGUCUACAGCGACGGUCACCGCUACUGCGACUUCGAACGCGCUUGGCAUCUCUACCGGAAACAGUAAGAGCACGAAUGGACAUUCAGGUGCUGUGUCUCCGGGCUUGUCGACUGCCCGUACCCCGGGCACAGCGGUGAAUGCGUUCAAGUUCACUGCCAGCUGGAAACCGGAAGAUUCGGGCAUGGAUCCCGAUGAGGUGUUUGUGAAGCAUACAGUGCCUGAAGUGAAGGCUAUACGAGCGAAACUCAAAAACGAUGCGGAUGCGAAGCAGGAAGAGCUGCGGUUGAUGGUUGGCGAACGAUAUCGCGACCUCCUGCAAGCUUCGACCAGUAUCAUUUCCAUCGCCGAGAGUGCACGACAUGUACGCACUUCACUAACAGAGAUGAAACAUCUGUGCUCUGUAGAGCCGGGGGAAGCACUCAACCGUGAGAAGCGAAAAGGAGGUCAUUCGAGGAGAUAUUCCGUAGUCGACACCCAGCUCCCGAUACUGCACGAGUUCUCUGCGCAUCUCAAGCUGAUGCUUGACGCACCUGAGCACCUCUGGCGGUUACUCGAGAGGAAACGGCAUCUGCAAGCUGCAUGGUUAUACCUCCUCUCUCGGGUAGUUUAUCGAGCAUUGGUACAACACGACGAAGACGAGGAUGCGGAACAGACAAGAUGGGCACGAUUAGGGAUUGACGUACUGGGUCAAUUCCCGAUCAUGCAACGACAAUGGGACACUGUUAGUCAGUUCCGCUCACAGAUCUCACAACGAGCCACCCAGUCACUUCGAGAACCGGAACAGACCGCAGAAACACUCAGCGAAACGCUCAUUACUAUCCUGCUGCUUGAUACCCUCCCAUUAUCUGAUACCUUGUCAAUGUUUCUCUCCCAACGGAGCAGAGCGCUCUCUGUUCAGCUGACGAACGACAAGCCUGUGCUCGAGGCGACAGCUCAGGUGGAAGGCCAGCCGAGCACACCAGGAAUCGAUUCCGUACCUCAGCCAGUCGCACUCCGACGAGCGGAGAUUGUCCAGCAAGUGAAAAGCGCCGCAACCACCGCUCUUGCUCUCAUCUCUGGGACUCUAGGUAUGGUGCGAGAAGUGUUUGGUGCCGAGGAUGGACAGUCCGUUUCCCUGAUCGAGGAGAUGAUGGAAAAGAUCCAAUCCGGAGAUGCAGAUGAUGACUCUGCUUUUUCGCCCCUGACGCCGGGGGGACCACUGGGCUCUACGUCGAUGGAUGGCCUCUCUCGCAGUAGAUCCCUUUUGUCCCCACCAACUCGUACGGAGGUGCUCAAGCCUGUGACUAAGUCACGGAUCUCAACACCCGUCAUGCUUCGUUCGUUCCCUUCCGCACAGUUGCUACUGCGCUUCCUUCCGUCCGCGAUCCAGUCCUUCAAGCCUUAUAUUGACACUUCCUCCCCGCUCAACCAUGUGCAGAACACUAUCUUGCGACAAAAGACACGCGAUUGGUUCAAUUCUUGCAUCACCACCCUUGAGGAGCACUCCAACCAAUGGAUGGCCGUGCUCGAUAGUAUCAAAGAGAUUUGGGAUGUGCGCAAGGUAGUUACGGAGAGGAUAGCGAAGGAUGGGCAUUUCAAGGAAGAGGAGCGAAGAGGGCUCAGAGCGUGGAUGGAACGGAGUUGCAAGGCGCGAGCGACGGAGGUGUGGAAAGCACGCCUAGACAGUUUGGAGGAAGCGGCGGAGCUGGAGCUGGAGCGUGCUGCUAAGCUCAUCCGGGCUGGUGCAGAGGACAGCCAGGCAGAUGUCAAGCCGCUCAAGUUCUUCUUCGCCGCGGAUCUCUCGUUGCCCGCAGUCCCACCGAUCUCGGCAGCAAACUCGACUAUCGCCCUCAACUCCUUCCGCAGGUAUCACACUGCUUUACAACACCGGGCGAAGGGAAGGACACCUUUGGUCCAGUCAGUACUCGCUCAGUUAGAGCUGAAGGCCCAAGAGCUCCGAGACGACUUCCAGACCCUGGGAGAUGCUGGAGCAACGCAGCAGCUCAAUCAGAUGUUAGAUGAACAUAUGCCUGCUGCGAGCUCGACCUGCCGCAGGUUGGCGGAUAGGAUGCGGGGUUUGGUAGAAGAGGAAGUGUUGGAAGAAGAGGAACUUGGAGACACGGCUUUCAACGUGAUCUCCCUGAUUGGUCGACUGGCCUCGAUCAUCUCGGAAACGUCGAGCUUGUUGCCAGAUCUAGCAUUUGGCCGAACAAACUCACAGGCAUUCCUAGACAACCAGACCGAGUUCGAGGAAGUUCAUCGCGCAUCGUUUGCCCAAUGGAGGAAGGCAUCCGUAAGGAAGGCGUUGACAGAGUUUGGUCCCAUGUCCAAGGGCCAAUGGGGACGCGUGCCAUUAUCGUCAACGUCUGGCAUUCCCUCUCAACCUUCCUCGGCCCUGGUGCAAUCCCUCCUUUCUCUCAAGCAAUCUGUUGUCCAGCUCGGCAUAGCAAGCAGUCAGAGAGGACACGAUGAUGUCGUCACGGGUCUUUUAGUCGAGUACCAAGCAGCGAUAGCAGAAUUGCUAGCGGACGUAGACGCUUUCGAGGACAGGGUAGCCGCACAAGCACUGUGGGACGUCGAGUUCGUGUCAGCGCUCACAAAUCAGAACCCUCCGAAGAAAGGGAACAAACUAGCGGUCACUGCAGAUCGUUUGCGGAAUGCUGUCGCCUCUUCGUCGUCACACCCAGCGGAAGACCUUCAAUCGGCAAUCACCAGUUCUGUGAAGACGCAACGUCAACGCACCCAAGUACUCUUCGCGCCCCUACUUGGCACAUCCAAAACGCCUGAGCAGCUGCUGGGACUCGGCACGCCAGCGCAGGCGAUCGACACAGACGUGGGCAACCCGUUGGAUGUCGUCAAGCCCAGCGCACGGUUCGGCCUGCUAUUAGUGGGGAGCAGUGUGCCUGUGCGGUAGUCUCUAAUCAAGCAUUUGUAUAAUACGCAUGUACUAAUCCUAUCAUUUGCAUCUUGUUCAUUCUGCGUGUCGAUGAAAGGGCUUGCCUCGUGCGAUAGUAG